AUUUUUAAUGCUCUCUUCUACGGUCACACUGCCACAAAUACAAUUUGAAAUAUAAACGCCGCUUAGCUGCAUCGAAAAAGCAGAACAUUUUUGGUGAAUGUAAACUAAUAUUGUGUUUUUAAACAACUUCGAUUAGCAUGGAUGCGGCCAAAUUGAGCGCCGUUCGGAUUGCGCUCCGCGAGGCGCCGUACCGCCAGUUUUUGGGGCGUCGGGAGCCCAGCGUCAUUUACUUUCCGCCAUGGAGCAACGGGAAUUGGGCACUCGGAAUCGACGCGUUCGUCCCACCAAUAUGAAUUCCAACAGUUCUCGAUCUCAUGCCAUAGUCACCAUUCAUGUGAAGAGUGAAACCCAUCACUCCAGGAUGAAUAUUGUGGAUCUGGCCGCUUCGGAAGGCGUGAGGCGUACUGGGCACGAGGACGUGGCCAGGCAGGAGGGCGUCAAUAUCAAUCUGGGCCUGUUGAGCAUCAACAAGGUUGUGAUGGCCUUGGCGGCGGGCCACAUGGUGAUUCCAUACCGCGACAGCGUCCUCACCACAGUUUUACAGGGUAAGCGCAUAAAUUUGGAUAUGGAUUAUGUCUAA